UAUUAAAAUUUGUGAAACUUACAUAAUAUAAUUAUACACAAUUUAUAUUUUAAAUAUAACAUGUUUUCCAUAAUACAUUAUUCUUCGCUGGAGACACAUCGAUUCGGUGCAGUCCGAAACCAAACCUGCUUUUUCGUUAUUUAGUCGUUUUUUCACAUUUAAGUUUUUUCUUUUGUAACUUAGAUUUUUGGCUGACAACAAUAUUAUCUUAUUUAUGCAAUAGUUCAUGUGAUUGUUAUAAACUAAACACGGGAGUUUGCCUUCGAUGACUGUGGGGAUUAUUUCACGAGCAUCUGGCGCCCCGGUCGGUCGGUCAGUCAGUGAGGCGGCUGCUAUUCUUCAUACACAUAUACACACACACAGAGACACACGGGUCUGAAUGGUGAAAGGAAGGUAAAACCCGGCCACAAAAUCGCCUUUUACAGCGGAAUGUUCACUCGAAGGGGUUAUGGAGACGUCAAGAAAUCUACACAGAAAGUUCUGGACCCAAAGAAGGAUGUUUUCACGCGCUUGAAGCAUCUGCGCGCGCUGUUAGAUAAUACUGAGAGGAGUGAACUGAAGGCAUUUUUUGAAACCAACUGCUCGCAGAUUUAUUUUAUCUUCUAUGAAAAUUUCAUUACACUGGAAAGUAACUUAAAACAAAAAGGGAACAAAUCUCAACGGGAGGAGCUGGACUCUAUCCUCUUUAUUUUUGAAAAAAUUCUGCAACUUCUACCUGAGAAAAUCAACAGUCGAUGGCAGUUUCACAGUAUAGGUUCGAUUCUCAAAAAGCUUUUGCACACUGGAAACUCAUUCAAGAUCCGCUGCGAGGGCAUGCGUCUGUUCCUGCUCUGGCUGCAGGCUCUGCAGAACAACUGUGCCGAAGAGCAGCUCCUCAUCUUCGCCUGUCUGAUCCCAGGAUUCCCUGCUGUACCCUCAUCCAGAGGACCCUGCACACUGGACACCAUCAUAUACAACCCCUUUUCCAACCCCCCUGAUGCUAAGAUCGCAGCAGAAGAGAUCACCCCACUGGUGCCUGCCGUUCCAGGAGAGAAAGUGACAGACGACCACAUCUGCUCCAUCCUCCAGAUCAUCCUGAAGGUCAUGGUUGUCCAGGCCUCCAGCUUGGAGUGGAAAAGCAAAGAGAACCAAGACACAGGCUUCAGGUUUCUGUUCUCGCUGUUCAAGAAGUACUACCUGUCUCACCUUUUCCCCUCCUUCACAAAACACACCAAUCUCUACAAACCACAGUUAGAUCUUCCCAUAAACAGACCAAAGCCUCUUUACGUCCCCGUGACGCGUAACAACGAGAGCACAUACUGCACCAGGGACCAGUACCUGGCUCCCCGCGUGGCCUUCAUCACGUGGCUCGUGAACUUCUUCCUGGAGAAGAAGUAUGUGAGCUCAAACACGAGCAGUUCGAAGAAUGGAGGAGAGGUGCUUCCUAAACUCAUCCAGACUGUGACUGCGGGCGGCAUCAGUCAGGAGAAGAGCUCUGAUUCUGAACUCAACGGUCCUGUGGAUCAGGACAAGAGUCACUCAAAUAGCAGCACGCUGUCAGAUCGCAGGGGCAGUAACUCCAGUCUGUGUAGCAUUGAGGAGGAACAUCGAACCGUCUACGACAUGGUGCAGUCCAUCCUGCUGUCCACCAGAGACAAUGUCAAUUUCGUCAAUGAGGUCUUCCAUCAGGCAUUCCUCCUGCCGUCAUGUGAAGCUUCAGCCACCCGCAAGGUGAUCAAAGUUUACAGAAAGUGGUUCCUGCAGGAGAAGCCCACUUUCAUGAAUGAGCCCGAGAGCAGAACCCAGGAGGAAGACAGCGAGGAAGAACAGCUCGUCUCUGAGACAGACAGCGCACAGAUUCAUGCCAUCGAGACUCACGGACACAAACGAUCAUCCAGCUGGGGGCGCACUUACUCGUUCAGCAGCGCCAUCAGCAGAGGUUGUCUGACUGCAGAACAGAACCACAAUGUGAAGGCCGGCAUUCAGCCCACCCUGCAGGUGUUCCUGACCAACUCUGCUAACGUGUUCCUAUUGGAGCCAUGUCAGGAUGUGCCGAAGCUGAUGGACAACCAGCUGGAGGUGUGCAAAGGAGUGCUCAGCGUGUACCGCCACAUCAUCAUGGAGCAGAACAUGGACCGUCAGACCUGGGAGCAGUUGCUGCAGGUGCUGCUGAGGAUCACAGAAGCGGUGAUGAAGAGACCGCAGGAGAGCCAAAGAAAAGAUGUGUUUGCACACAGCCUGGCCAGCAUCCUCUUCAAAACGAUCUUCGUGGCAUGGGUGCGGGCCAACCUGGCGGUGUUCAUCUCCCGUGAGCUGUGGGAUGAGCUGCUGGCUUUGCUGUCGUCUCUCAGCCACUGGGAGGAGCUGGUGUUCGAGUGGGCCAACAUCAUGGACUCUCUCACUGCCGUACUGGCACGAUACGUCUACGGUCUGGACCUGCACAACCUGCCGCUGGACAAACUCUCAGAGCAGAAGGAAAAGAAGCAGCGCGGCCGGGGAGUGAUGCAGGACUCUCAGAAGUCUUCGGAUAGUAGUCGCAUGUUCUCUUUGGGCUGGAGGCACUCUGGAGAUCAGAUGGGAGCUCAGGAGCCCAUGAGAUUCCGCAGCGCCACAACCACUGGAGCUCCGGCCGUUGAGAAAGCCCGUAACAUCGUCCGACAGAAAGCCUCGGACGUGGAGGAGUGUCAGCUCUCUGAAUAUGAGACAGGAGAUGGAGACAGUCCCCUACCCCGCAGCAGCAGCGCUUCUGACAUCACACAGCAGAUCAACGACACGUUCCCAGGUCAGAAAAGAGAGGAGUCUCCACAGACGGGCAGAACAUCUGUGUCAGACAUCAGCUCUGCAGGGAAGAGAGAGAGUGAUGCUCCAACGAUUUUCAUCCGGAGGAGCAGCAGUCCGUCCGAUCUGGAUUAUCCAGCAGAAGGAGCUCCAGCGCUCCUGAAGCCUAAACUGCGGGAGAAGAGUGAGAGCGUGAGCAGCGAGACAUCUAACGGGUUUCUGAACGAUGCUGAUGCGGGACUGCUGUCGUGGAAUGCGACGGAGGAGGAGCCGGACUCCUCCUCUGCUCAUGACGUGAGCAUUACCGUGGAUACAGAGAGCCAGAGGAGUCUACUUCUGAGCCACACCGAAGCACUCGCAGGGUCAGAUUAUGCGGCCCCUCCUUACUGUCCACCAGUGUCUCCAGCUCUUCUCCUGCCUCACGGCUACUGUGAGGGCCCUCAGCUCCUGGAGGAUGCCAUGAACAUGCCUCACCUUCUGGACAGCAGCGAGUUUCUGGCGGACGACAUCAGCAUCAUCGCCGGUGGCAGUUUGACCGGAUGGCACCCCGACUCCGCCUUCGUCCUCUGGAGGCGAACCCUGGGGAUUCUGGGCGACAUUAACAGCAUCCGCUGUGCCCGUAUCCAUGCCAAGGUCUUCAGUUAUCUUUAUGAGCUCUGGCACAAGCUGGCCAAGAUCAGAGAUAACCUCGGGAUCAGAGUGGACACGGAGACAGCCAUGCCCAGACCGUUGUUCAUCCCACCUCUGCGCAUGCUGGCCUCCUGGCUCUUUAAGGCUACGAUGCUGCCGUCAGAGUUCAAGGCUGAGCUGCACGCGUUUAAACUCAUCUGUGAGAUGAUGACCAAACAUCAGGACGUGCUGCCCAACAGCGACUUCCUGGUGCAUCUCUACCACGUCAUGCACAAGGGCUUCACCAACGACGAUCAGGAUGUGUUAAACACAAUGAUCAAAUGGUGCUCACCGCGCUUUUUCUUCCUGGGCCUGCCGGGCUUCACCAUGCUCGUGGGAGACUUCAUCACCGCCGCCGCCCGCGUGCUCAACAUGGACACCUUCGAGGCUCCACGGAUCGAGGCUCAGACGGUUUUGGGGUCACUGGUGUGCUUUCCUAACCUGUAUCGCCAGAUCCCCUCUUUGCAGACUCAUCCGGGAUCUGAGGACAUCAUGGUUGGCAAUGAAGACAUGAAGGACUAUCUUGUGAACAUCCUUUUGAAGACCGCCCGCAAUGAGUCGUGUGAAGGAGCCAGAUGUGUGGCUAUCUGCAGUCUGGGGCUGUGGGUGUGUGAGGAGCUAGUGCAACCCGAAACUCAUCAUCAGGUGAAAGACGCAAUCAACGUCCUGGGUGUCACUUUAAAGUUUGGAAAUAAGGUGGUGGCCAGUGUGGCCUGUGACAUCUUUCAGCUGCUGAUCUCUCAUUGGCAGCAUUUACAGAGACUGGAGUCAUCCCUUCCCAAAAGAAUUAUAGAGAUAUUUGUAGCAACCAUUGCAUUUCUUCUGCCCAGUGCGGAGCACUCAACAGUCGAGGCGGAUAAAAAGUUAAUGGUGUCCUUACUGCUGUGCCUGCUGGACUGGUGCAUGGCCGUACCCCUCUCCAUCCUCCUGGAGCCCAUCACUAUGCCCGUGCUGGACGACCCUGCCUCGCAGAAAGCCCCUCUGCUCGACUACAUUUACAGGGUGCUCCACACUUGUGUAUCAGGGUCUAACCUCCACACUCAACAGAGUCACUACCUCCUCAGUCUCGCUGACCUGUCCACAGAUUACGAGCCGUUCCUUACACUAGGCCAAGUCAAGAGUUUUGAUCCAACCCCUGUACACAAUGCCAUGGGAGACUUUGGAAAUCUGCUCACUGUGGCUGAAGAAAAGAAAAGAAGAAGCUUGGAGCUGAUUCCCCUAACUGCUCGCAUGGUAAUGACACACCUGGUCAAUCAUUUAGGACAUUAUCCUUUGAGCGGAGGCCCUGCCAUCCUAAACAGCCUGGUGAAUGAGAACCACGACAACCCUUACGUAGAGUCCUCCGAACUCUCCUCCGAAGUCUUCAAGAGCCCCAAUCUGCAGCUCUUCGUCUUCAAUGACAGCACGCUAGUCUCGUACAUGCAGAUCCCCUCCGACAAUUCAAGCACCGCUCCGGUUAAUUCAAACCCCAGAGACUACUCCUCAGAGGUCCGCAUCAUCGUUCGGGACAUCUCUGGAAAGUACUCGUGGGACGGUGGCGUUCUUUACCAGACGUUGGAAGGAGCUGCCUCGAAUUCGGCUGGCAGCAGAGAGGGGUCAUGUCACGAGACCAUCCGGCCUGCUGAUGCAUCCAAACAGAACUCCGUCCAUUCUUCAGAAGUGGAGGUGGAAGAUGGCGUGGAUGUGUUGGAUCAGCUGCUGGAAGACUUGGGAAACAGUAGCCCGGAGUGCCUGCCGCAGCCCGAGCAGAGACUCACCCAGCCGCCGUCUCCGCCCAUGGGCAUGAACCCUGAGAUGGAAGGGCUUAUUAUGGAUGCCAUCCUCACGCAGAUUCAGCAGGAGGAUGAGGAGCUGGCGAGGAGACAAAGCGAGGACUCCAGCAUCAGAGCGGCCUGUCAGAGAGAGCCCACGCACCAGGAACCCAAAUCACCCUUUUACCUUUGUAGACUCCUCCUAAAUGACCUCGGCAUGAACUCGUGGGACCGCAGGAAGAGCUUUCAUCUUCUAAAGAAGAACUCCAAGCUCUUGAGAGAGCUGAAGAAUUUGGACUCAAGACAGUGUCGAGAGACCCAUAAGAUUGCCGUCUUCUACAUUGGAGAAGGCCAAGAAGAAAAAUACUCCAUUCUGUCCAACACUGAAGGCACUCAGGCUUAUGAAGACUUUGUUUCUGGACUCGGAUGGGAGGUGGAUCUGGCCACUCACUGUGGGUUCAUGGGAGGUUUACAGAGGAACGGCAGCACGGGAAACACAGCGCCGUAUUACGCUACCUCCAACGUGGAGGUCAUCUUCCACGUGUCGACUCGCAUGCCUUCCGACUCAGAUGAUUCCAUCACUAAAAAGCUUCGUCACUUGGGAAACGACGAAGUGCACAUUGUGUGGUCGGAGCACACGCGGGACUACAGGCGAGGAAUCAUCCCCACCGACUUCGGAGACGUCCUGAUCAUCAUCUACCCGAUGAAAAACCACAUGUUCUUCAUUCAGAUCAUGAAGAAACCGCAGGUGCCGUUCUUCGGGCCUCUGUUUGACGGAGCGAUAGUGACGGGAACUUUGCUGCCAAGUCUGGUGCGGGCCACAUGCAUCAACGCCAGCAGGGCUGUGAAGUCUCGAUUGCCACUCUACCAGAGUUUUUAUGAAGAGAGGGCUCUUUACCUGGAAGCCAUCAUUCAGAAUCAUAAGGAGAACAUGACCUUUGAGGACUUUGCGGCCCAGGUCUUCUCGCCCUCUCCCAGCUACUGGCCAUCAGCAGGUGCAGGUUCCCUCAGCUACAGCACGAGCGCCGACCUCAGCGUUACUGUGACCGACUCCGGCGACCAGGUCUCGCCCACCAUGCCACGCGCCUCCAAGAACAGGGUUUCCGGGAAGAUCCGCCGCUCGGCCAGCGCCAUCAGCAAGUCCUCCAACUGAACGCUUCGGACUGCAACGUCAUUCAGCUGUGUGGAUGAAUGUAUUCAUGAACUUAUUAUAUUUUGGGUUUUCUUUCUGAGUAGCACUGAAAGACGCAACCGUCGCUCGCAAUAAUGCAUUGUAAUGCAUCACCAGUCACGUAGAAAGAUUCAGAGUCAACCAACAAAAUCACUGUUUUUGACUGUCUUACUUAACUAUGAAGAAAUCUUUUUACAAAACUGAGGCUUUGGCUAAUUUUCCUCAACCUUUUAAAUACUCUGAUAAGCUUUUUUAAUGUUUUCCUGGUUUGGUGUAUAGUAAUGCAGAAUAAAGAAAAUGUCUUAGUGUGGAACACUGAAAACUGGACCAAUGACAGCGAGUGCACUGAAUGUCCGUACCAGCACUGAAAUGUUCGUUCAUACAGAAUACUGAACCUCUUGAAGACGCGAAUCAGACUUUCCUGUAUUCUCACACAAAAAGUUUAUUAAUGCUAACGUGUAAACGGAGCGGACAAUCAGUGACAUCUUUCAAACUACAGUAGGUUGCUAUGAAAUCGUUUUUGUCUUAUGAUUUUCUUUUAAACGACUCGUUUGAUUGUUUUACGGGCUUGAUUUAUGCAACGUGUUGCAAUGGAACAGGCAUUGGUUUGUGAUCUCGUGUAAAUGUACUCUGACAUUCCGAUGUUUUUCUACGUGUUUUUUGCACUCGGCCUGUUACGUAGAUCUAUGUUUCAUUUCUUCUCUCCGUGAUUGGAUGUACUGUGCUUUGCAUUUCAGUUAAUAAUAUAUAUUUGUUUGGUGUAUAUAUGGGAGAAUGUUUUCCAUGGUAAUGUGAUGUACACCUGACUCAAUGGAGAUGAAGAUUCCGGCAGAGCCUCAGGUAAACCUGAACUCAAUGCACUGUGUGUGUACGGGGAGUUGUUAACAGUGCCUGCUUGUCCAUACUGGAGCGUGAUUGCAUUGCAUUGUUUUUUUGUUUUGUAUUGUUUUUCCUCAACUUUAAUUGUUCCGGCACUCACCGGAUGCGGAGCGCCAUCUUUUCCCUGCGAGCUGCACUGUUUUGUGUGAUACGUACAUUUCAGCGGAGUAAAUUGAAGGAGAUUGUCCGUGUUUUGUAAGAGGCGCUUCUGUUGAUUAGAUGCUGGAUAGGGGUUCUUUUCCACCUGCUUCCUCUGAAUCCCACGUGCCUCUCCGAGUGCCCUUUGCCGUACCAGCAGCAUGCCAGAGCUUCUCUCUCCGGCUCUCGCCAACGCCCCGCCACCCCCCCUCUCUGUUUCCGUAGAGACCCAUCCCGGUUGCCAUGGAUGCCAGGUGUUACAAACGCUCCACCCAAGCUGCAACAGGACACACACUACUUUGCCUUACCUGUACACGUUUCUCUUUGUUGUCUUGUGUUGCCUGUUUGUCGUGUUUGUUUGUUUGUUUGUUCGGAUAACAUAGGAAUCGUCAUCUCUGAGUCCGCUCUGAAUGAAAAACGUUGGCGAAUGUAUGCAAAUCGACAGCCCGAAUCCGAGCCACUACGCCGAUCUGUCGCGCCUCGUGCAGAUUUGAAACGGGCCGUCUGUUUUUGGGUUCAGCAUGCUGACGUAGCGCUCGCCGGCGACGUGUCUUACUGCACAUGGCCUGAUUCAAUUUUAAUGAUAAUGUUCAUCGUAGACUUGCCGUUAGCCUUGUAUAUUAUGUGUUGGGAUUUUCUUUGUUUGUUUGGGGUUUUUUCUGAAUGCUAAGAUUUCGAAGGAUAUAAAUAUAUUAAUGCCUGUAAUAUAAUCUUUGUAAAAGACCUUGAAGCUUGAAGAUUUCAUCCUGACUUGUUAACAUAUCAGACUGUUUUUAAUAGACAAAGUACUUACUUUAUCUUUACUAGAAAUGUGAAGAAAUUGAAACAUUUCAUUAAAUCGAUUUGAAAUCA